AUGAGUGGAAGGAAACUAAAGAAACAUCGAACAAAAUUCCAUACAGGCAGUUUACUGUACCUUGCCUGUGGUACUCGCCCUGACAUUGCUUAUAGUUCAACUUAUAUGAGCCAGUUUAAGGAAAGACCUUCUGAAAACCAUUGGCCAAGUGUCAAACACUUAUUCAAGUAUCUUAAACAUACAAAACAUCUUUGUUUGACAUAUAGAAAAACUCGAAAGAAGAUAGAAGUAUUUUCCGAUGCAGACAGAGCAGCAGAUUGCAUUGGCAGAAAAUCAUUUAGUGAUUAUGUGGUCAUUCUUGGGGGUGCUGCGGUGUCUUGGUCCAGUAAGAAACAACAUUGCACUGCAUUGUCUUCUGCAGAAGCUGAAUACCUGGCAAUGACCCAUGCCACCAAAGAAGUAUUGUGGAUAAAGAGUUUACUGUUUGAGCUCGGUAAAGAAAUGUUUGUACCACCUCCCAUACUAAUAAAUGUUGAUAACCAGGCAGCUAUGUUCAUAGCUAAAAAUCAAACUACGUCUGAUUGGAGUAAUCACAUACAUCUUAUGGAUAAUUUCAUUUGUGACAAUGUAGUUCAAAAAAUUUUUGAGUUUCAAUAUAUUAAUUCACGAGAUAAUGUAGCUGACCAUUAA